AAACGAAGCACGCUACACGUGCAAUGAAAAUAUUUUCAUGAAAUAUUGUGAAAUAACAAAGAUAAGAGAAUGCGACUGCACUGUUACUAAUACUUUUAAAUAUUUCCUCGUAUAUUAUAUACGAUUAUUACAUUCGUAUUUAUCUAUUUUAAAUUUACAAUGUCCUUGUCCGUGCUAACAGCGUUUCUAUUGCAUAACCUGAAAAUAUGUAUUAUAAUGUAAUCAUUAAAUUGCAAAUUUGAAGAUAAAGCGACAUACAAGUGCCGUUCUAAGCAACAAAUUAUGUCGACAACGUACACAGCAUUUAUAACUGGGGUUGUGAUAGCAUCGCUAACAUGGAUAUUGAGCUUGUACCUUUACUCGACGCUUUCUCAUAACGAAGGAAAUAAGAAUAUUUACUCGUCAUCAAAUUUUUUACAAGUUUUAACAAAGACCAAAACUUUUGAUAAAGGCAUGAAUAACUAUGAAAACAGCAACAAGCUGCUGCAUCAUUUACAAGCAGUUUCGCUUAAACCUGCCGUUUUAUUAAGCAAUGGAUUGGAUACUUUAGGAAUGGUGAGGAAUUUGGAAGAUCAACAAAAAAGAAAUGAAGGAUAUAAAAAUUAUUCUUUUAACAUCUUGGUAUCGGAUAAUAUUGGCUUUUACAGAGACAUAUUAGACACAAGAAAUGAAUUGUGUCAAACGCAAAAGUAUGCAAAUAAUUUGCCAAACGCUAGUAUCGUUAUUUGUUUCUACAACGAACAUUAUACAACGCUCAUGAGAUCUUUGCAAUCUUUGAUCGUAAGAACACCAAUGUCAUUAUUACAUGAAAUUAUUUUAGUGAAUGAUUAUAGCGAAAGUAAUAUGUUACAUGAAAAAAUAAAACGUUACAUCGAUAACUUUAACGGCAAAGUAAAAUUAUUUAAAACUGAAAGGAGGGAAGGAUUGAUUAGAGCAAGAAUGUUUGGUGCAAGAAAGGCAACAGGGAACGUUUUAAUAUUUUUAGACAGUCACAUUGAAGUAAAUAAAGAAUGGAUAGAACCUCUUCUUUCGAGAAUAGCAUAUUCAAGGACUAUUGUACCUAUGCCAGUUAUCGAUAUUAUAAACGCAGAUACAUUUCAAUAUACUGGGAGUCCUUUGGUCAGAGGAGGUUUCAAUUGGGGACUGCAUUUUAAAUGGGACAACUUACCCGUUGGUACAUUGACCAAUCACGAAGACUUUGUAAAACCUAUUAAAUCGCCAACUAUGGCAGGAGGAUUAUUUGCUAUCGACAAAACAUACUUUAUGGAGUUAGGUGAAUAUGAUCCUGGCAUGGACAUUUGGGGUGGUGAAAAUCUAGAGAUCUCCUUUAGAAUAUGGAUGUGUGGUGGAAGUAUUGAACUUAUACCAUGUUCAAGAGUUGGUCAUGUUUUUAGAAGACGCAGACCAUAUGGCAGUAACGAACAAUAUGAUACAAUGUUAAAAAACUCUUUACGCGUUGCACAUGUGUGGAUGGACGAAUAUAAAGAUUAUUUUUUAAAAAAUGUUAAAAAAAUAGAUUACGGUGAUAUUUCCGAUAGAGUUGCAUUGCGACAAAAAUUAAACUGCAAAAGUUUUGCUUGGUAUCUCAAAGUAGUUUAUCCCGAAUUAGUAUUGCCGGAUGAUAAUGAAACCCAAUUAAAGGACAAAUGGUCAAAGUUAGAUCAAAAGCCAAUGCAACCUUGGCAUUCAAGGAAGAGGAAUUACAUUGAUCAAUAUCAAAUAAGACUUACCAAUUCCACAUUGUGUAUUCAAAGUGAAAGAGAUAUCAAGACUAAAGGUUCGAAACUCAUUUUAGCUCCAUGUUUAAGAAUUAAAUCACAGAUGUGGUAUGAAACGGCAAAAAAUGAGUUGAUACUUGGACAAGUGCUUUGUAUGGAAGGAGGAGGAAAGAUACCGAAGCUUGGAAAGUGUCAUGAGAUGGGUGGAAAUCAAGAUUGGCGACAUAAAAGCUCCAAUGGUACACCUAUUUACAAUAUGGCAAUUGGUACGUGCUUGGGAGCCUUACGAGCAACUAAAAAGGCAGAAAUUAUCAUGAAUUUAUGUACCAAAUCUGACGUGUCGUCGAUGUCUUGGGAUCUUGUUCGUUCUAAAAUAGGACAAAAAACAAUCAGAUGACACGUAAACGGUCCUUUUAAAAGAUACAUAUAACGCGUCUCAUAUCAAAUCGUUUGUGAAUAUAGCAAAGGAGAAGUGUUUACACGUCUGUUUGACGGAUAUUCAAUUGAAACACGAUCAAUAAUCGAUUUAUCAUUCGCAUCUAUCGUAAGUGAUAAAAGGA